AUGUCGUGGCAAUCUUACAUCGACGACCACUUGAUGGCGGAGGUCGACAAUUGCCACCUCACCGCCGCGGCCAUCGUUGGCCACGACGGCAGCGUUUGGGCCCAGAGCUCAAACUUCCCCCAGUUCAAACCCAAUGAGGUACAAGCUAUCAUGAAUGACUUCGAUAACCCGGGUACAUUAGCCCCCACUGGAUUGUACAUUGGGGGCACCAAGUACAUGGUGAUUCAAGGUGAACCUGGUGCUGUCAUCCGUGGGAAGAAGGGAUCUGGUGGAGCUACUAUCAAGAAGACCAAUCUUGCUUUGAUCAUUGGCCUCUAUGAUGAGCCCAUGACUCCUGGUCAAUGCAACAUGGUGGUUGAGAAGAUUGGUGAUUAUCUUAUUGAACAAGCGGAGAUCUCCUUGAUAUUGUGUGGAAGUUAUGGUUUUCUUGGUGACCCUAAGAAGAGUGCUAUUUUCCAAAGUGUAUUGUGA